AUGUCACUGGACGUCGUAUUUGAGGUUUGCCUUACUUGUGGAUGUACCGUGGAAAUUUCUCUACUAGAAGUUCACACUGCAACAUGUGUGAAAGCAGUGGAACGUUCUACUUCAACUACUGCUCGGAGACCAAUGCUUGCUGUUGACAUUGAUUUACUGAAAGGGUGCUUAGACCAGAGAGUCCCUGUUGCAAAGAUUGCUGAAUUGCUGAAGAUCAGCAGAAGAACUUUGUUCCGAGUUUUAAAGGAGACACAUCUUACAGCUAGACCGAAUUACACAAAGAUAUCUGAUGAACAACUAGACACAUACCUCACAAAUAUGUUACGAUGCAACCCACAGUUUGGUUUGCAGAUGUUCAAAGGCUGCACCAUUUCAAAAAAUGUUGUUCUCAAGCAAAAACAACUGCGCGCAAGUUAUGGGAGAGUCAGGCAAAUGGAAAAUGCACCUAUGAUUCAACGGAUAAAGCGUCGGGUUUACAAAGUAAGAGCUCCACUGUCAUUGUGGCAUAUUGACGUCCACCACAAAAUGGAUCGCUAUGGGUUCAUUAUACACGGAGCCAUCGAUGGUUAUUCGCGCUUGAUCGCCUAUAUUUCCUUGGAAAAUGACAAUUUUUCUGAAACUGUAAUCGGCUUAUUUGAGAAAGCAGUCAACGAGUGGGGCUGUCCCGCAAGCGUAAGGUCCGAUCAUGACGGUGAAAACGUUCGGGUUAUUCGAAAGAGUUUUCGCACGGGAUCAUCUGUUCACAAUCAGCUUGUUGAACGUCUCUGGAGUGAUGCAAUUGAGAGAUGCACCGAUACUUUUAUGAAUAUAUUUGAGUAA